CUGUGAGUCAUGUUCAGUUCAGUUUCGCCUUCAGGGGUCGAGGCGAGUGCGGUACGACUAUGGCUGAGCUUCAGUGCGGCUUUUUCAGUCUUGAACAAAUAUUAAAGUCAACAGAGACGGGUUAUGGGAGACGCAGUGACGGUAAUUCGUCGUUUGGACUUCGAGGACACAUUCAAAACUCGCAGCGCGGUUUGUUUGGAGGAAACGGACGCAGAGCUAACGUUAAUUAACGUUACUGAACGUUACUGCUGACACAAACCAGGGUCAAGAUCAAGAAAUCCGGACAUUCAGGAUCGUAUAAAAAGGAUUUAUUGCUUUGUCUUGUCACGAAAUUAUCAUGGACCUACUCCUUUGCCUUUUGGGUGAAUAUUUAUGGCAGUUUUACAAGCCAGCUGCUGAAUGUAACUAAUGUAACUUACUAGGCUAGCUAGCUAAACUAGCUUGCAGGGUGUUCUCAGAGCUGACGGAGAAGACAUACAUUUGCCACGUUGUGGUCCCCAAAGCUGAUUAUUUGAAGCUGUUCUGGCUGAAAGCUGAAAGGAAAAAGCUUUUACUAGCUUGUAAUUUGCCUCUGAAGUAAGUACCUGGACUAUUUUGUGGACCAUGGGCUCCUUGAAAGCCCUUCAGGAGUGGUGCAGAGUACAGUGUGAGAACUACAAUGAUGUGGACAUAAAGAACAUGUCCUCAUCUUUCAGAGAUGGACUGGCCUUCUGUGCUAUAAUACACAGACACAGACCAGACUUGAUAGACUUUGACUCCCUCUCCAAAGAAAAUGUCUAUGAAAACAACCGGCUGGCGUUUGAGGUAGCAGAGAGAGAACUAGGUAUUCCGGCCCUGUUGGACCCGGAGGACAUGGAGAAUAUGAAAGUGCCUGACCGCCUCAGUAUCAUCACCUACGUCUCGCAGUACUACAACUACUUCACUAACAAAUCUCACGCUAAUCCUCCUUGUAUGAAGAGGCCUGGUGGUACCAGUCACAUUGAACCAGCAGUAAAGAGACCUUCCACUCCUCUAGAAGACAGAACCUCCCAGGCUGAGUCGAAUGCAGAUGUCCAGACGAAACGCAGCACGUUGAGCAGCACCUGUGCAGCCUGUGGGAAACAUGUUCACCUGGUGCAAAGAUUCCUUGUUGAUGGCAGACUGUACCACCGCAACUGCUUCAGAUGUAGGGAAUGCAGCAGCACUUUGUUGCCUGGCUCUUACAAACUCAUUGGAGAUGCUGGGUCCCUGGUCUGCACGCACCACUUUACUAGGACUUCUUCAACCAGUCAGAACGGUCGUCCGGAUCUGAGCAAGCAGGUUGGCCCAGUAGCGCCAAGUGCAAGCCGUGAAAUCCCUCCCAGUGGAGGAAGUUCAGAAAACACACUUCCAUGUCAUGCUGAAGUCAACAAUGUCGCUCCAUCUGCGGACUUUCCUGAAACAGACACUCUGGAGAGAGAAAAUGAACAAGUACAGAAUAAGAAAGGAGGGGUGGAGACAGAAGCUGUGAAUAGCUCAAAAGAUGAGACUGAACCCCGCCCCUCCAGUCCUCCAAAUCCUUUUGAUGAGUCCGAUGAAGAGGAAGAGGAAAGGGAGAACGAGCAGCAAAAGCCAACAACAGAGGUAACCAAUGGUGCCCUUCCCCCAACCCCAGUGAAGAGUGCAGAGGAAGAAAGUCGACCAGUGCCCGCCCCUCGAAGGGUGUUUGACCACUCCCCUCCUGCGCGUCCUGUACCCAGGCCUCGGCCACCUAGACCCUCCCAGAGUCCGGCCGUCAAUGGAGAUGAACGUGAGCGUAAAGCGUCUGCACAAGUACCCCGGGAUAGGUCGUGUUCGCCUGCUGGCCAGUCCACCGACACUUCUAAACCCAAAGAUCCGCCCUGGCUGGCUCUUGUCAAAUCAGAGCCCAAGAAAAAGUUGGCUCCUCCUCCUCCUCCUCCUCCUGCCGCUGGUACAGCCACACCUCCACAUGCUGGGUCUGUUCCUUCUGUGAAGGAGGAAGAAUCCCGCCCUGCUGCCUCUGUGAAGGAGGAGCAGUCUCGUCCAGCCUCUCCCCCUAAUCCCUUUGAUGAUGAUGAAGAAGAGCCACAGGCAGAAAAUGCAGAGUUGUCGGUCCCGUCCUCUGUGGUCGCUGUCCAUCCAUGGUACGGGAUUACCCAGGUUGCUGAUGUCACUGGAACUGACACUCCUCCCAGAAAAGGGAGCCCCGCCCCCUCUGGGAGUCCGGGAAGUGCCAGAAGUAAAAAACGGCUGGCACCCAAAGCCCCGAAAUCUUCCUCUACAGCUCUUCCUUCUUCUCAGUCUUCCUCUGCCUGUCCCUCUCCAGCUCUGAGCUCAGAGAGUCUCUCUUCCUCUUCAUCGGACCAUGGCCUGUCCCGGACCACUGGCGCCUCUGCAGCGCCCCGGCGGCCCUCUGCUAAUGAGCAGGAACAUCCGUUCACCAAGAGUGUAUCAGAACCAUCAAUUAACAGUCCCAGCUCUGCCAACUCACCGCCUUCAGCUGAGCUUCAGUCCCGCCUCACGCCAAGCCCCUCCCCCUUGCCGCCUCAUACCAACACCUGUUCAGCUCCUGCCACUCCAGAGACCAAUAGGAGUGCAGGGGGUAAAGGUAUGAGGCCGCCCCCGCCCCGCCCUCCAGCUGGUCCUAGUCCACUGAUUGGAUCUCCUUCCUCACAGCCACCAAGCACGCCCAGUAAGCGGAUCUGUAAGGAGAAUCCGUUCAAUCGUAAGGCCUCCCCCACGGUCACCUCUCCGCAGUCCAGACCCCCUAAAGGCCCUCGACCUGCCCGCCCUCCUGCACCUGGACACGGCUUCCCCCUCAUCAAACGCAAGGUGCAAUCAGAUCAGUACAUCCCUGUAGAGGACAUCUAUGUGGAGAUGGGGACACUAGAGAGGCAGCUGGACGAGCUGGAGCAGAGAGGAGUAGAGCUGGAGCAGAAGCUCAGGGACUGCUCUAACGAGGAACAUGAGGAACGGCUGCUGGUGGACUGGUUCACUCUAAUUCAUGAGAAGCACCUGCUGGUGCGCAGAGAGGCAGAGCUGGUCUACACGGCAAAGCAGCAGAAUCUGGAGGAGAGGCAAGCAGACGUGGAGUAUGAGCUGAGAUGCCUCCUCAACAAGCCAGAGAAAGAGUGGAGCGAUGAUGAUCGAGACAGGGAGAAGCAGUUGAUGGCUGAGCUAGUCACCAUCAUCGAGCAGAGGAACCAGAUCAUCAACAGCAUGGAUCAGGACAGACAGAGGGAAGAGGAGGAGGACAAGCUAGUGGCAGCCAUGCUGAAGAAGAAAGAGUUUCAUGGCGAGAGUGAGCCCAAAAAGAAGCCUGCAAAAUUUAAACCCAUGAAGGUGUUGAGGAGGCUGAGCACAAAAAGCGACAUGCCAAAAAGUGUGAGCCCACGGAAGGAGAAAAGCUCGGGAGUUGGGACAGAGAGAGAUAAAACUUAAGAUAGAUAGUUCGUCUAACUCUAUUUAUACUUCUCUAAGCAAAUGGCUGGGAGAAACUGACAACAUGAACAUUUUUUCUCCUCUCUUUUCUUCAGCAUUUAUCCAAAAACUGUCAAUUAUCAGCAUAAUUUAUGUUUUUAAACUUAGCUUUGUGUAUAGAUGCAGUAUCGUAAUAAUUAAUGAAGAAAAUAGAAGACUAAGGUGUCUUUAUCCCAUAGGGUCUGACUCGAAAAUAAGACUAACUUUAAGUACUUUACCUUCUGUUUGAGAAGCAAGAACAGUUAAAACUCUUGUUCUUGUUAACUAUUUGCAAGAAUAGUCACUAGAUAUGAUAAACAUUAUUUACCAUUGAACAGGUGCACCACGUUUCAAAGACAUUUAAAAAGGGAAUUCCAUCGAUUUUUUUUAUUUAUUUAUUUUUUUUUAAACAUUUUUAAACACAAUUUAAUGGUUGAGAUGUAAACAAACAACCAGGGUGGAUGGAUGUGAAAUGGUUCACUGUAAAGAAGGUAACUGGCUCAGAUUUCCUUACAGUGGUGGUGAUAGGAACCAGGGGUCAUGAUGUCUACAACUAUAGCCGUUUUAUUUACUAUACAGAACCACCAGUCAACCUCCAUGUGUCUUCUGAGUUUUUAUAUGUAAUGUUGAUAAUGGUGAAAUAGUGAAAAGUUUUCUUUGAGGACUAUUUUGCCUCUUAAUAGCCAGCAUGUCUCACUCCUCCAUGGAUGUGUUUUAAAAAUAUAUCAUCUCAAAAGUAUCAUAAAACAGUGUCUCAGGCAUCAGGCAGCACAUUUCUAACCAUUUCAUGUGAUAACUUUCUGUGAGGGAGCUUUUAGAAGUAUCAGACUCUUAAGACGUGUGGUUCCCAUCAUCACCACUAUGAACAGUUGUGACUUGGUAAGCUUCUCUAAAACGGCCCAUUUCACACCAAACAACUUUGAAUGAAUGUUUACAUCUCAUUGAUUGAAUUAUGCAAAAAUAUUGAAAAAUCGGUGCAAUUCUUUGUUUAAUUUCUGUUUGUUCAUUAAUGCAGUUUUCUAUGUACAACAUAAACUGCUCUCCUAUAUUUUCAGGAUGUAUACAGUGUAUAUGUGUGAUCAUGCCUGACUAUUUUGGAGAAUAGCUAACGUGGAAUUGCUUGUUUUCUUCAAUGGCUGUACUCGUGUACAUUCUGGUGCUUGUGAGAGAUGAGGUUACUAACUUCACUGAUGCAAACUCUUAUGCAAAGCUCUGACUCCAUGCUGCACUGUGGUUCCUGUCUGUGGUGUUCUCAGCAACAUUCACAGAAGUUUUAUAUAAAUAGUGUGAUGCCAGUCAAAUUUCAGAUUUUAUGAUAAAUUCUUGGUGGUGCAGAUACUAACUUACUCAUUAGCUCCAUUUAAUAUUGGGGCGUAUUAGCAAUACAAACAGUUAAUCCAGCUAAUUCAGCACUCAAGACAUGGACUAAAUUGUGGAUUCUUAUUGGAAGUUGGUUCAAGUAAUAAUUAAAGGAACACUCCAGCACUUUGGACCUAAUCUUUGUCUGCUGCAUCUGUAUUGAAUCUUUGAUUACUAUGGACAAUGGGCCUCAUUCAACAAUAUCUUCCUAACUUUUUUCUUAAUUGUUUUCUUGAGAAAGAGCCUAAGAAAAAGUAUGUAUGUAUGUAUGUAUGUAUGUAUGGUGAAUGUCAGAUGUCUUUGUGAAAACUGUGUAAGUGGGUUUUAAGAAGAAAUUUCUUCUUAAAAAGGGUUGUGAAUGAGGCCCAAUAAUUUUGAUGCGUUUACCUGUAAAUAGUAAACACAUCUUUUUAUAAAACAUUCAAGAAUUCUUCAAAGGUAUUUAUAAUUUUAGCUGCAAGUCUGUAUAAUUAGUUCUUUCGGAGAGUUUUGAAUUUGCACAAUAUCGGUGCAUAUUUUAAAGUGCCCAUUGGCUUCUAUAAUGAGUGAGUCAAAGGGUUUUUAGUUUUUUCCUUAAUACAGGGAAACAGAUCAAAAGUCUUGUCUGUGGUAUUAGAUGGUACAAUACAAAUGCGGCAGAUAGAGAUUAGGUUGAAAAGUACUGGACUAUCCUUUUAAUGUAAUUAUCAUAUUAUUACAGCAUUUAAGGCUGAACGUGUCUGGGUAUGCAAAGUCAGCACCAGAGCUAUGUGUUGUGAGGCCUAUAAAUAAGCAUAAUUCAUCUCAGAUUCUUUGGCUUAAGCUAUUUAAGUAACCAGAGACCACAGUUUCAACAUAGUUCUGAACUUAAAACUAGCAGCGUCAUUGGUGGAAGAAAACAAGGUGAAAGCAAAAUGAAAGAACUUUUUAAAUGUAGGAAUAUUUUAUUAACAUGAGGUAUUAACAGAAGUUGCUUACCAUUUUUGGAAAGCUUGUAGGCAAAUUUGCAAUAUAAUAUUUAUGUUCUUGAAAUGCUUUUCCUGGUUUGUUGUGGAAUUUGUCAGUCUUAGUUCUCUGUCGGGCCUUAAUUUCAAGAAAGACAUGAAAUAAGAGGGUGUCUAAAAGAGUGCCAUUAUUUUAUUGUAUUUAUGUAAGAAAUCUUUAUGUUGUAGAACAUGUACAUCUGUGUCUUGAUAACUGUUGACAUUUUCUUUUGUAUUUUGUCUCUUCAGCAAGCUCUUAUGUGUUGUGUUAAUAUAAUACCCAUAUUCUGUCAUUAUGUUUUUGUGCCUCUAAUAUCUCAAACCAAGGGCUUUUAUUGCAUAAAAACACAAUAUUGUGUUAAAAAAAAAAAACGAUGCACUUUGGUUUGGAUGAUAAAAUUAAUAAAACAGAUUAAUGUAA